AUGAUGACAUUACAACUGAAAAUAUCUGUAUAUAAUCUCAUUUAUAAUGUAUCGCAUAAUUUACGAUCUCGUUCAUUAGCUACAAUUUCAAUUAAUAAUAUAAGCACAGAACAUUCCAAUAGACUCAUUGAACUUACUACUGAUACUUUUCAUUCCAUUGUUUUGAAUACUGAUAAAAAUGUACUCGUUGUUUACUAUACAAAAUGGUGUGGAUUUUGUCAAUCAAUAUGGCCAAUUCUAUAUCAAACAAAAAAAUUCUUUAGUAAAUUCAAUGAUCUUAUUUUUACUAGAAUUCAAGCUGACAAACAUGAUCUUCCGUGGCAUUUGACAGUAUACAAUUAUCCAACAUUAAUUUUGUUCCCUGCCGAGAACAAGAAUCAUUCAAUCGUUUUUCCGACGUCAACAGAAGCGAUUAGUACUGUUAGCAUAAUAAAAUUUCUUCUUUAUCAUCUUUAUAUUGACGACAAUGUCAAUGAACAUUGGUGUAGACAUUCAAAUAAUAGUUUUUUAUCAAUGUUAUCAUCAACUUAUAUUAACUUUUCUCAAUUAUCUUAUUUAGUUAAAUCAUUUUCUUGA